CAGCUUCUAGAAGUUUCUUUCCUGGAGUAUAUAGGCCUCUGCAAGCAGCAGCUCAGCAGCCAAGCAGCAUCUGAGAUAAGAAGAGGAGCACAUCCGAACAGCUGUCCAAGAGUGAAAAUCAUUGACAACUAUGAAUAUGAAAACCUAUCGAGGUAUCCAAGACGAUGAAAAAGCAACAUUCAAAAAAGAAAGAAAAAGCUUCCAUUGCAACCCAAACACACAGCAAGCAUGUGGGUCACCAAACUCAUUGCACUGUGCCUUUUGGCUGUGGCCGUGUCUGGUGAGGACAAGAAGCUGAGCAGCCAUGCAACCUCUAUGGCAGACACCAGCGCAAACCUGGCCUUCAAUCUCUACCACAAAGUUGCCAAAGAGAAGAACCUAGAAAACAUCCUCAUCUCUCCUGUGGUGGUGGCUUCCUCUUUGGGAAUGGUUGCCAUGGGGGGGAAAUCUUCCACUGCUUCCCAGGUUAAGAGUCUCCUGAAGGCUGAUGCCCUGAAAGAUGACCAUCUCCACACAGGGCUGUCCGAGCUUCUCACAGAGGUGAGCGACCCACAGGCCCGUAAUGUCACAUGGAAGAUCAGCAACAGGCUCUAUGGUCCCAGCUCCGUCAGCUUUGCAGACGACUUUGUCAAGAACAGCAAGAAGCACUACAACUACGAACACUCGAAGAUCAACUUCCGCGAUAAGAGAAGUGCCAUUAACUCAAUCAACGAAUGGGCAGCCAAGUCAACUGAUGGCAAGCUGCAAGAAGUUACCAAGGAUGUGAAAAACACAGAUGGGGCCAUGAUCGUCAACGCCAUGUUCUUCAAACCCCACUGGGAUGAGAAGUUCCACCACAAGAUGGUUGACAACCGUGGUUUCCUGGUUACCCGUUCUUACACUGUCUCUGUUCCAAUGAUGCAUCGCACAGGUAUCUAUGGCUUCUAUGAGGAUAAAGAGAACAAGCUCUUUGUGUUGGACAUGCCUUUGGCGCAUAAGAAGUCCAGCAUGAUUUUCAUCAUGCCCUAUCACACGGAGCCUCUGGAGAGGCUGGAGAAACUGCUUACUCGCCAGCAGUUGGACACCUGGAUCAGCAAGCUCGAGGAGAGAGCAGUAGCCAUAUCUCUACCUAAAGUUAGCAUGGAAGUCAGCCAUGACCUUCAGAAACAUCUCGGAGAACUUGGUCUUACUGAGGCUGUGGAAAAGUCUAAGGCAGAUCUGUCCAACAUUUCUGGCAAGAGAGAUCUUUACCUGGCUAAUGUCUUCCAUGCUUCUGCCUUUGAGUGGGACACAGAGGGCAAUCCAUUUGAUACCAGUAUUUAUGGUAGCGAAAAGAUCAGGAACCCCAAGCUCUUCUAUGCUGACCAUCCUUUUAUUUUCCUUGUGAAAGACAACAAGACCAACUCCAUCCUUUUCAUUGGCAGGCUAGUUCGGCCCAAGGGUGACAAAAUGAGGGAUGAAUUGUAAUUCUCAGGGGGAGCAAGUUUAAUUCUAUUUUUACGGUGCUUUGAAAUUGUAUUAUUGUUAUCGUAUGGUGUGACUGUUACCUCAUGUGCACAUCCCAAUGGAUAAUCUGUGUAUGUACAAUCUAGUUGAAUUUCACUGCCAGUGACAUCAAGAACAAAAUCAUAAUUUCAAGGAGAUAGGUAUUUUAAAGUCUGGGUAAAUGCCAGUUUUAACAAUUCAUCAGGAGCAAUGCAAUCCUAUAAGUGAGAGAUUAGAACCCCACAAAUGUACCCAGAGGUUUGACAUCAAUUCGCCCAUGUUGCUUGUUCAGUCAGAUACUAUACUUAUAUUAAGUAUAGUGCAAUUAAUGUUAGGGUGCUUAUAGAAUGUGUAUGUUAAAUCUGUGUAGGGUCUUGCCUUAUCUUUAAUGUUUAAAGGGAAAAGGCACCUCUAUCAUAGCAUUUAUCAAACUCAGUUUGUAGGUUCUAUAAUUUCACUUCCUCCCAUCAAAAAGGACUCUGUUUGGGUUCUUUGUUGUCUUGACUCCUGCACUGUACCUGUCUACUAAACUUUUCAAUUUGUCAGAUGUCAUGUUAUGAUUUAAAAAAUUUAUGGGAAAGUGUGCUAAAACUGUCACUUUCCUUUCUCUUUUUUUUCAAUAAACUAAAAUAAAAAAUAUGUGUUGA